GCUUUGUGCGCCGCCUCAGCUCAUUCUUUACCGAGAAGCCUGCGCAGUAGGUCGUUUGGGUCACCAGUGCGUGGACGUGCGAUUUACUUCUAGAGUCUUAGCCGCGAUUUACUGCGUAGCGUUAGUUUGUCUUUGAGAAUUUCAUUGCCUAAAAGUUAUCGUCAUGGCGUCGAUCAUCCGUCAGAACUAUCACGAGAACUGUGAAGCUUCUAUCAACAAGCAGAUUAAUAUGGAACUCUACGCAAGCUAUGUGUAUUUAUCGUUGAGUCAUUACUAUGAGCGAGAAGAUGUUGCCCUGCAUGGACUGGCUAAGUUCUGGGAAGAACNGGUUGAAGCUAUCAAGGAGCUCGCGGAUAUGAUCACACGCCUCAACCGCGCCGGCCCCACAGGCCUUGGAGAAUACAUCUUCGACAAGGAGCUUCGCGACUGAUAUCUCUACUGAAUACUUUUUUUCUAAAAUCCUGGACUCUCUAUACUUGCGGUUAUCACAAGCCUCUCCUUAGGUGCAAGUGAGACGAGGAAUGGAUCUGUGGCUCGUUCGACCAGCAUCUGAAUGGAAGUAAUGUUGCAUAAACGAACCUUCCCAAAUUUACAUCUUAUCCUCGGAAUGCAGAUUUUUAUUUUAGUUUACGUUGGAUCUGAGAAGUUGCCUAUAUAUCCUGUUAAAUUUUUCAGGAGAUUGGGUUUUUCAUUCCUUUGAAAGGACUUGAAUCGUUUAAUUCAUUUCAAGCUAGUCAAUGACGUCGUACAGACACUUGACACAAGUUGCAGCACCGUUCCUUUGACCUAAGAUUAGAUGGGUUCGCGUAAUUGUGUUAUAAGUUUUCUACACUUGUGUUCGUGAAUAUACUAUAUACCUACAGCAAUAAUAUUGUUCACCUCUUUGAAUCUGAAUAAAUCACGAAAUCA